UCGCGGAGCGGCCGAGGCCACGCUGUGGGCUGCGCCGGGACCCGUCCUGGCGGCCGCGGCGCCGAAGCUGAGGCCGGGCGGCGCGGCUGCGGGCGGCGCCCCCCCGGGGCAAUAUGUUCAAGAGAAUGGCUGAGUUCGGGCCUGACUCCGGGGGCAGGGUGAAGGGCGUUACCAUCGUGAAGCCGAUCGUGUAUGGGAACGUGGCGCGGUACUUCGGGAAGAAGCGGGAAGAGGAUGGCCACACGCACCAGUGGACGGUGUAUGUCAAGCCCUACCGAAACGAGGAUAUGUCUGCCUACGUGAAAAAAAUCCAGUUCAAGCUGCACGAAAGCUAUGGUAAUCCUCUAAGAGUUGUUACCAAGCCACCCUAUGAAAUCACCGAGACAGGCUGGGGGGAGUUUGAAAUAAUCAUUAAGAUAUUCUUCAUCGAUCCAAACGAAAGACCUGUAACCUUGUAUCACUUGUUGAAGCUUUUCCAGUCUGAUACCAAUGCCAUUCUGGGAAAGAAAACUGUAGUUUCUGAAUUCUAUGAUGAAAUGAUAUUUCAAGAUCCCACUGCAAUGAUGCAGCAGCUCUUAACAACGUCUCGUCAGCUAACGCUAGGUGCUUAUAAGCAUGAAACAGAGUUUGCAGAUCUGGAAGUGAAAACCAGAGAGAAGCUGGAAGCUGCCAAAAAGAAAACAAGCUUUGAAAUUGCUGAGCUUAAAGAAAGGCUCAAAGCAAGUCGGGAAACCAUCAACUGCUUAAAGAGCGAAAUCAGAAAGCUUGAAGAAGAUGAUCAGUCUAAAGAUAUGUGACAAGUGUGGGCCUUGAGAAAGGGUGGAAGGGCUUCAGUCAUGGCAUUGCAUCUGUUCAAUUCCCUGGCUUGAGACUGUGGGAGAUUUCACUUGGAGAUGGUUGAAGUACCUGGCAGUAGACUUCCUGCAUGGGAAAAAACCAAACAAAGAAUGUAUCCUUGGUUUAUAGUUUAAGUUAUAGGUAAGUCAUCUGUGAGUACUUAAUGAUUUAGUUCAAGGAGAAGAGGACUUGGAGAGCAGACUACUUUUUUUGGUGUAGAGCUGUGUAGGAAGCUUAGCAAUAAGCAUAGUUGAGUGUGAUUUUACAAAGCCCUGGUGUUUACUUCUUUUUUACUUGUUUGGUUUGGGUUUUUGUUUUUCUACUUGAUUGUUCAGAGGUGCAUCUUUAAAGCUGAAAAUAAAAUAUCUGAGGGGUUUUAUUGUAAUAA